UCCUCUCCUCUCCCCUGUCUAUCCUCUAUCCUCUCCCUUCUCCCAAGACAGAGCCACCUGCUUCCCUGAACUUCAGGGUGGAAACAGACAACAAUGCCGGCUUUCUAAGGAGCUCUUGGUGCCCCUGACACCCGACUCCAUGGUCUCAAAGCCUUUUGUUCUGCCAGCCUGACCUCAUGUCCCUCUCGCCAACAGUACCAUAAGAAAAUGGCACCCCCGCUGCCCUCAGUGACUCUGUAUAGGAAAGGAAUUGUGCAAUCAUUUGAAAAACUAAAACAAAACAUUGUGCAACUACUGUUUUUUGUAAAAGCUGGCAGUCUGUUGGUAUUGAUAUUUCGUACUUGUAGUUCAGUAUUUUCACUGCUGUGCUACACCCUGGUGGGUUAACUCAGCUGUGAAGCCCCCUCCUCCCACCAGACACGGACCACUGCUAGUGAAGAUGAGGCACUGGAGGAAGAGCAGCAUGUUCAGGAAGUGCUGUGCUCUCUGACAGGAAGCCACAGAGAGUCCAGCAGCAUGAUGAUGCCAAACGUAUAUCACACCGAAGACAGUGUGGCAGCCAGCCUCAGCACUGCGCUCGAACCCCUGCACUAUCUGCGCCCCAGAGCACCUGCUCCCCCAAGAGCAGCGCCUCUUCGCAAAAGGGCCUGCUGGGAAACCUGACCCGCCCCUGCCGAAGGUCAACGAAAGGCUCCUGGUCCCGAAAAGCUGGAGCACAAAUGCAGAUGGGUUGUGUGGAGGGGGCAGCUGGAGGAGGAAAAUCGAAUGAGGAUCCAUUUAGGGGAGGGGGGGGUUGGUGACCCACAGCCCACAGAGGACGAGUCCAUUCCUGAUACAGGAGACUCCCAGGGCUCCAGAGAGACUGGGAGGCACAGGCCCCAAGGGAAACAGCACUCCCAAGCUGUGGGCAGUGUUUAUACACAAGCGCACCUUCUCGAGGCACUGUGCCUCCAUCCACUGCAUACGAAGCAUCAGAAGAUGCUCAUCCCUUAGAAGUACAACAGGUUUUUCCAAAGAUAAGAAGAAAUCCAUACAUUUACAUAGCAUCUAAAGCAUCUCAGAGAGCUGCACACAGUGUGGUACGCUCUCCCUGCAGGCUGGGAAUAGUUCAUCCCGUUCUGUUCCCAGUGUCCCCUCUGCUUGUGAAAUGUCACAUCCUGCCCAGCUAGACACGUUUGUCUAUCCAGGCACCAGCGUGUCGGUGGCAGGAAGAUCAUAUGCUCUCGACAGCACAUGGGUGCCUGUCUGAGGUUUUCUCUCUCUCGAUGGUCACCAGGCGUGGUGCUCGGCCCACUAACUCGCCUCGCCACCGCUGUAAAACCAGCUCUUUCUCUCUCUCUAACGAGCAGAUUUCACGCUGCAGCAGUCAAACUCACGCGUGUGCGACACAGUCAGUCACGCAUGAUCAAUCAAUCAGAACGACAGCAAGAACAGUUAACCCAGUUUCAGAACCGCCCUGCUGGUUCCGCCCAGCACAGUGACGGGAAGACUGAAAGAACGACCUCUGACCUUUCCCAGGGGAAGCAGGUUACCCCUGGGCCCCCCCUGAGUCGCAGGUGAAAUCAAUCGAUGAAACAAUUAUUUUUUUUCCAUACAGUACAUUCUAGGGCUCUAACAAACUAACAUGAGAAACACACCUGUAAGUACGCUGUGUUCUACAAUUAAACAGACAUCUGAAUUAUUGGGCGGCACAGUGGAGCCCAGCCCUGGGCCCCGAGUUCAAUCCCUGACCUGGGGUGCUGUCUGUGUGGAGUUUGCAUGUUCUCCCCGCGUCUGUCUGGGUGUCCUCUGGGAGCUCCAGUUUCCUCCCAUAGUCCUAAUGCAUACAGGUAAAUUAAUUGGUUACUGGGAAAACUGGCCCUGGUGUGCAUGUCUGUCCUGCAAUGGACUGGUGUCCGGGGUGUGCCCAACUUCACACCCAUUGCUUGCUGGGGUAGCCUCUAGGUCUCCCCCACAACCCUGAAUUGGAAAUGGAAGAACGGAUCUUAAGUCUCCAGACUCGGAUGACACAGCCGAGGACUAGCUCAAGUACGAGGACGAGCCAGAAGUGUUGGUAAGGCAUCGCUUUUAACUAGGGAGAAACUGAACGCAGGGAACAGGACUUGUGAGCCACAGCUCUAGCAAUCAGGGGAGCUCAUUAACCGCUGGGGCUGUGUGUGUUAUGAGCGUCAUGUCAAUUGUGGGCAAGAAGAACAGACAGACCACCUCCCCACACACACACACACUUCCGCUGAAAGGCUUAAAUAACACCAAACUCCGCUGCAAAUUCAAAAGGGGAACAAGAGUUCUGAAGCCACACCAAGUCUCAUGUGAAGGCAAGGCAAGGCAAGUGGAACAUUUGCGCAGGAGUGACGACCCUCUCCGGAGACAUGGCUUCUCCGCGAGGCGCGGCCGCUCUCCCGGGGUUCCUGGCCGUCCUGGUGUCCCUGCUGCCCCCCGGAGCCGCCACGUACCCCCCCUUCCUGCCCUGCGGUAGCCCGAGCCCCCAGACGGUGGACUGCGCGGCCCACGGCCUCACGCGGGUGCCCCUCUUCCGCGCGCCCACGGGGGCGGUGACGGCCCUCCUGCUCUCCGGCAACCACAUCUCCCGGAUCCCGGCCGACGCCUUCGCCCUCUUCCGCCGCCUGGAGACCCUGGAGCUGCAGUGGAACGGCCUGCUGCGCCCCGGCGUUCCCAAGGCCGGCGGCCCCAUGGUGCUCGCCCCGCGGGCCUUCGAGCCGCUGGCCCAGCUCCGGAGCCUCGACCUGCGGGGCAACGGGCUGCGGGCCGUCCCGCUCCUGCCCCCCUCCCUGCGGACCCUCGACUUGAGCUACAACCGGCUGCUGCUCCUGGAGCCCCCGGCCCGCCCCCCCGCCCUGGCCGCGCUGCAGACGCUCCGCCUGGACGGCAACUGCUACUACAACAACCCCUGCGGCCACAGCCAGGGGGCGCCGCGCGGCUUCCUCGCGGGCAUGGGCCGGCUGCGGGAGCUCUCGCUGGGCCACAACAACCUCACCGCGGUCCCCGGGGGCCUCCCGGCCGGCCUCAGGAGGCUCGCCCUCCACUACAACCAGAUCUCGGCCGUGGCCCCGGGAGACUUCGGCCAGCUGGCGCGGCUGAGCUCCCUGGACCUCAAGGGGAACUGCCGGCGGUGCGAGCACGCCCCGAGCCCCUGCAUCAAGUGCGCCCGCAGCGCCCUGCACCUGCCAGCCGGCUGCUUCGCAAGCCUGGGCUCCCUGAAGAGCCUGAACCUGUCCGACAACUCCCUCGCCUCCCUUAACGACUCCGUCUUCGCCCCCCUGCGGGGACUGGAGGAGCUGCUCCUGAGCGACAACCUCCUCUCCCGGACAUCCCCCAACGGCAACGAUCUGGUCCUGGGGAGCCCGGCCUUCCGCGGCUUUCCCCGGCUGAGGUCCCUCGACCUCUCGUACAACUACAGGCGGUUCACCGUCUUCCGGAGGCUGGCCCUCACCGAAGACUUCGCGGGCCUGGCGCGGCUGCAGAGCCUGCAGAUCACCGGCUGCUUUUUCCAGUCCGUGGACAAUGCCUCCGUCGCGCCCUUGGCCGGCCUCCCCGAGCUGCGCCUUCUAAACCUCCGGCUGAACUUCAUCAAGAACAUCGAGCUGCACAUCUUCGACAGCCUGGCUGGCCUGAGCUACCUCAGGCUGUCGGACAACGAAAUCAGCUGCACGCGCUGCCGGGGAGCCCCAGGAAAGAGACCGGGGCUCCCCGACCAUCGUCUGACCCCCGGCUCUUCCCUCCAGGCGAGAGGGCUCAUCGCCCCCGAGCCGCAGGUGGGCCUCCCUUUGCCAGAGAGCUGCACCGGGCGCGAGACGCUGAAUUUGAUGAGGAACAACCUCGUCUACGUCCAGAAGGAGCUCUUCGAGGGGUUCGAGCGCAUCGAGUGCCUGAUCCUGUCCCACAACAGCAUCAGCCAGUCCUUCAACGGCAACCAGUUCAUCCUCCUGAAGAGGCUGAAGCUGCUGGACCUCUCCUACAACAGGAUCGACUUGUACUACAAGGCGGCCUUCUCCGAGCUGCCCAGCCUGGAGGUGCUGGACCUCAGCAACAACAACUACCACUUCCAGCUGAGUGGAAUGGGCCACAGGCUGGACUUCAUCGCUGGGCUGCCCUCCCUCAGGCUCCUGGACCUGGGCUUCGACUCCAUCAGCGACCGCAUCAGCACGGCGCUGGCCAGCUCUUCCCUGAAUAAGCUCGUCUUCAGGCACAACCGCCUGCAGGACAUGUGGAACAAGAAGAUUUAUUUCCAGUUCUUUCGGAAUCUCACCAACCUAACCAGCCUAGACCUGUCCAACAACCUGCUGACUCGCAUCCCGCCUGAAGGGAUCUACCAUCUUCCCCCAACCUUGAGGGACCUCAACCUCAAGUUCAACAAGCUCACGUCUUUCCCCUGGGAGGCGCUGAGCGCCUUUCCGUGCCUGGAGAUCCUGGAUCUGAGCUACAACUGGCUCUCCACCCUCUCCCGGAGCCUCCAUCCCGGCAGCUACAUCCCCCCGGACUCCGGCCUCCGGAGCCUCAACCUGUCCUCCAACAGGAUCCACGCCAUCGACCGGGACUUCUUCAGGAACGCCACGGCGCUGGCCAGCCUGCUCCUGAGCGACAACCAGCUGGAGCAGCUGGACUUCGACAACUUCCUGCUGCAGCGCCUGCGCGUGCUGGACAUCCGCUGGAACCGCCUGGUCUGCACCUGCGACUCCUCCUUCUACGAGCUCUUCGGCAACUUCAACUUCUCCGUGCCCGCCCUGACCAGCCAGGUGACCUGCGGCUCGCCGGACAAGCUGAGGGGCCGCAGCGUCUUCAGCCGGGACGCCCCGCUCUGCCCCGGCAGUCGCAACAUGGCCGCCUUCCUCCUCUCGCUCGCGCUGGCUCUCCCUCUGACCGCCCUGCCGGUGCUGAGGCAGGUGCUGGGCUGGGACGCCUGGUACGCCUUCUACGUCUGGGUGGCCAGGGCCUGGGGCCUCUUCUACAAGGGCGGCGAGGGCUCGGCCUACGACGCCUUCGUGGCGUUCGACAAGGAGCAGGAGAGCGUGGCGGACUGGGUGUACAACGAGCUCAGGGUGCAGCUGGAGGACAGCGGGGCCCAGCGCUUCCGGCUGUGCCUGGAGGAGAGGGACUGGCUGCCAGGGCGCUCCUCCAUCGAGAACCUGCACGAGGCGGUGCAGGGCAGCAGGAAGACCGUGUUCGUGCUGCCCAGGGCCGGGCCGGCCGGCGGGCUGCUGCGGGAGGCCUUCUUCCUGGCGCAGCAGAGGCUGCUGGAGGAGCGGGCGGACGUGGCGGUCUUCGUGCUGCUGGAGAAGGGGCGGCGCGGGAGCCGCUACCUGCAGCUGCGCAGGCUGCUCUGCCGCGAGACCGUGCUGCUGUGGCCGCAGAACCCCCAAGCCCAGGGCUACUUCUGGCACCGGCUGCGCUGCGUCCUGGGCCGGGACAUCCAGGCCAGCUACGACCGCAAGUUCAGCCUCAGCUUCGAGGCCUAGCGGGGCCUCACUGCCUGCCUGCCUGCUGGGGCCCAGCUCCAUUCACUCCCGAUCCCGGAGCGGCGGGCCGGGCCAGGUUUUCUAGGCAGCUUGGAAACUUCAGUGAGCCGGGCUGUGGGGAGAGAGAGACACUGACCAGGUGGACGACUGACCCAAACCCCGGGGGUGGAGUGGAAAAACCUGAACGGACUGUGGCCCUCCGGGACCAGGAGGUGAGAGGGGUAGAUGCAAGGGAAGUUCAGAGACGUGGGGAAAUGUCAUGGUGCCAUCAGAGUUCCUGCCAAGACCUUAAGGGCCCAAACAUGUUGAAGCUCAACCCCGCGACUGAUCUGCUCUGGCUGGACUCGACGCCUCUCCGGUCCCGUUAACAGGCACGUGAAUCCAGUAGCGUUGGGUGCCCAGCUUCUCUCUCGCUCCCCGGCUUAAGGAAGAAUGUAUAUCUCUCUUGAACAACAGAACGAUGGCGUACUUACGGGGCUGAUCUGUUUCACGUGGAGUUUGUUACAAAGGCUGGGGACAGAUGACAACAGCCACCAACACCAAGCGCCACCGACCUCAGCUGUCAGUAAUUUCCAAUCACUCCGACGAUUUUUCUUCCAGAAAACAUCAGGGAUCCUGUUCAUAAAGCCCCUUCUCUCCCUCGUAUUCAUGCGCUUGCCUCUCCUCACUGCAGGGGGGUCCCAACCCCUUUAGUGUUCCCUGCGACUUGCUCAAUAAACCUUUCAACUCA